AUGUUAUUCAUAGUUCCCGUUUCCAUCAUUGCAGCAGACCCAAACUCUGACUCGGUUCGUCUGAUUGAGGAGAGCCCUACGGAAGCCCUGAGGGACCAGUUCAGCUACAGAGACUCUGCCCUCAGCACUCGCUUCGUCAACUACAUCAAGGGUCGGACAGCGGCAGAAUUGGACGAGCCCCUCAGGAUAGAAGAAGACUCACACUGGCCAACAGAACAAAUGUCAAAGGUCACAGGGGGCACAGAGCUCCACAUUGACAUGAUCAACCAGCUGAAGGAGGCUGUGGAGCUGCUGCAGGACCCCAGCAGAGUGAAUACAGAGCAGGACGAUCCGUCUGGAGUCCAGCUCUACCCGGUGGAAAUGGUCACAGUGGAAGAGUCACUUAAUGGGCAGGACAGUGAUGAGGGCUUCACCACACAAAAGGUACAGUACAACUUUAGAACUUCUCUAUACAAUAACAGUUGAGCAAGCAUUAGUCAGAACCUCGGUCAACUUUC